ACCGGACAUUUACAACAGCGCGGACCCUGGGCGGGCUGACUUCACCAUGGACCGCCGUCAGGAGCGGGGCUUCGACAUGGGCCGGGAGCUGCGCCAGCUCAGGGACCUCCAGGCGCGGCUCCAGAGCGAGGAGAACCAAGCGCAGCGCCGCAGCCGUGAGGAGGUGGAGCGCAGCGUCCUGCGGCGGCAGCUGGACGAGGCUGCGGCCCUGCAGGAUCUCCUGUCGGGCUUCCACGAGGAGAUGGACGGGCGGUUGGAGCAGCUCGCGUCCGCGCAGCUGCGGUUGGAUCAACGCCUCACGAAGAUGGAAGAGGGCCGUGAGGAGGGCGCCGAGCUGCGGGCGGUGUGCGAGGCCUUUCUGCGAGUUGAGGGCAGUGCAGCCGUCGCCGCUCGCAGUGCCAGGAGCCGAGGGCUUGAAGGGCCCUUGGAGGAGUUUGAGGACGGAUGUGGUGCGGCGCGGCAGUUCCAGCGCGUCCACCUGCUCGGAUCGCGAGCAAAACGACAAGCUGAGCGGCAGGCUGGAGCGCCUGGGCUCGCGGCUCAUGCGCUUCGCGGAGCAGGUGGCCCGCAGCUGCGCGGAGCAGGUAGCCCGCCAGGUGGCGUCCAGCGCCACGACGCGGCUGGAGGAGCUCAAGGAGGAGCUGCUGCGAGAGGCGGACUCCAGGCGGAGGGCCGCGCCUCGGAGCUCGAGCAGCGCGCGGCCCACGAGGCCGAUGCCGUGCGAAAGGCGGCUGAGGCUAUGGAGGCUGCAGCCUUCAGCCGGUGCCAGCGCACUGGAGAGCUCUUGGACCAGUUCCGCCAGGAGGUGUCACAGGAAGAGCAGUCGGCCCGGGAGUCCGUGCUGGAGCUCCGGAAGCAGGCCGAAGAAGCCGGGCCCCGCCUUGCUGGUCUGGAGGCCCGACUCAGAGAGGAGCUCCAGUUGGCCGCAGGCCGCGCCGACCACUUCGCGGAAAAGAGCGCGGAGAAGGCGGCGGAGAAGCUGGAGGAGCUGCAGCGGCGGCUCAACGCAGAGCUCCGCACGGUCCAAGACCAGGCGCAGGAGCAGCGGGCGGCGCAAGAGGCGCUGGAAGAGCUGCAGCAAGAGACCUCGGAGUGCUUGUCUACCUGCGCCAGCCGGUCUGGGCUUUCAGCCCUGGCACAAGAGAUGGAUGAGCGAGUGGCCAGCUGCCAGGCUCUGGUUGCGGCACAGCCCUGGCGGCCUGAGCUGGAGCUGGCGGCCGAGCAGUUGGAGCGGCUGGAGCACCAAGAGCGGCUCCACAGCCAGGAGGUGGCGGAAGAGGCACGGGAGGCAGCUGCCCAGUGCGACGCCGCCUGGAAGCUGCAGGCCCGGCAGCUCAAAGAGGAGCUGCAGCGCACGCAGCAGCAGGCUGCGGGCCUAAAAGCGCUGGAGAAGCUCCAAGUGGAGCACGCCCGCCUGGCGCUGCAGCUGUCGGAGCUGCAGCGUCAGGGAGCCAGCCACGAGUGGCACCUGCCCCGGCUGCAGCAGCGCCUGGAGUACUUGUCCUUGGACUCCCCGGAUGCCCAGGGAGUUUGGAUCGACUCCCCCGAGUUUAGGCUGGCGGAGCAGGGGCCUUUCACUUUGCGCUUCUACCCGCGGGGCGUGGCAGGAGGCGAUGGGCUUUGCGCCCUAGGCGUCUUUGCUGCCGCAGCUGCGAAGGCCCUACCCUUGCGCCUCGACCUGCGUUUGGGCCAGCUGCGGCAGCGCGCCACGGCGCAGUCGCAGGAGGACGGGGUGCUUUGGCUGGCGCGGGGCUUUGAAAGUCGCCUGGAGUCCUUGGAGGAGGUCCGCAUAGGCGUGGACGUCCCGCCCUUCGCCUGGGCAUCUCUGGACCAGGAGCCCGAAGCCCCCAAUUCCCUCACCAAGGCCGACCGUGCGGCCAAGGUGAGGGGCGAUGCAUGUUUGCAUGAGAAGGAGACCGGCUCCGCGAGCGGAGGUGCGAUCCAGGACUUGCAGCUGGCGCAGGCCUCGCCCCUGCGGCACCGCUCGGUGCCCAGCUCCCCGCAGCUGCCCUGCCGCGCUGUGGCGCCGCCGUCGCCCUCCUCGCGCCCUGGGUGGGCGGUCUUUGCAGACGAUCUCAGCGAGCGCCGGCCAAUGAGCGCGAAAGUGGCUCGCGUGUGUCAGCCUGCAAUUCCUCUGCCAGGGUCCGGAAGGCGGUCCUCCAACCCGUUCGAGGAGCGCCGGACGAACCCCUUCGACAAGUGAAGGGCCA